AUGUUAUCGCUCGAACAGAUCCCAGAGGAAAUCAUUCGCCAAAUUCUACACUACAUCUCACCAGAAGAUAAUCUGCUCGCAGUGCAUCCCCUCUCCAGGCGUCUGAGUUGGAUUGCUCAGGAGCCGUUGUUAUGGCGGUAUUACUGUUUGAACGCCUUCAGAUUCUGGGAACCCGGCCACAAUUUCAGUGAGAAAUUGGAGGAGCCUGCAUCAAGUGUCCCUUGGAAAAAGCUGUUUCUCCUCCGUAAAAAGAGACACGCCAAGGUUGUCAACCUAUUUAAUGGGAUUUUGGCUACCAAGCACGGUCGCGUGAAGAAGUUUGAGGAAAUCUGUACACUUGGUGACGACGCAAAGGACUUUCUCUUGACCCAAACUCAAACUCCAGACACUGCUGAUGACGUCUUGGCUAGGAGGUAUUUCAGCAAUGCCAUUCUAGCGAGCAUCCGUCGAGGUGCCGCUGUCAGAAUCUGGGAUGACCUUCGUAACGAGGAGGUACUCGAGCCGUUAAGGCCUGACCAAGUUCCGAAAGUCGUGCCUGGAAGAUUAGAGCGCGCACUCGCGGCCUUUGACAUGUUCGUCAUUCAAGACGAUGUUGGCGAUGUGAAUGAUGUCUCGAGAGUUUUGGACCGUCUAGCUGUCGAUUUUCGGAACAGCCAUUCGGACUUUGACAGCCUCUGUAUUCGGGAACAGUCCCUGGCUUUGAACCGUUGGCUGAAAUCCAACAACCUGACCGGCAUGAUCGACCCAGAAACCAACUAUCGCAACCUCCGGAAUUGUCUCAUAGGCCACGUGCUCCGUGAUGAGGCUCAUCAGUCACUCCCCAUGGUCUCAGCCGCCAUUUUCUGCUGCAUUGGUGAAAGGCUAGGGUUGAACGCACAUUGCUGCGCGCUUCCAGGACACGUCCUUGCGAUGGUCUUUGCGACUCGGGAAACAACACUAGACGGCUCCAGAGUUACAGACCCCUCGCGACCUAUCGAGAGGAUGUAUCUAGAUCCAUACGGGAGCGAUACAGAGUUUAGCAAAGAGACGCUUAGACAUUUCGUCGCCCAAGUCGGGUGGCAUAGUCUGGAUGUUGACACGAUGGCGCCGGCUGCAGUCUCGACCAUGAUCGGACGACUGGCACACAACAUCAGGCAUACAAACCUCUUCUUGGCAUCCCAGGACGUCUCGGUCGAGACUCUGGCCGGCCUCGGAACCGGAACUGCUCUCCAGAACUUGGAGCUGUCCGUCUACGCCGCCGCCUGGGCUACCGCGCUUCUUGAUCCAGGAGCGUUUGUGGACGUCACGUCACAUUUCGCACUCAGGUUCAACUCGCUUCGUUUCGACGACGCCUGGCUGGUGGAGAAGAUUUACAUUACUCAUCCUCAACCGAACGGCAACAUAUUCCUUGCCGCUCCGAACCUCGAGUAUAUACUUCGCCUCAUCCGCCAAGCGGAUGAGCAGGAACCCGUGCUCCGUGAACCGCAGGUCAAUAUGGAGUUUAAAACUGGAAGUGUCGUGCGUCACAGAAGAUACGGCUCUAUCGGGGUCGUGAUCAGCGGAGAGGUGCUUCCUCAGGGAUCAGUUUCAUAUUACAGGCUAUUAACACCUCCAAACAUGCAGGGGACUUUCUCUCUGGUCAAAGCCUCAAGUUUGGAGCUUGUGCGGAAUGCCGAGGAAGCAGAAGCGGCGAUGUUCUCCGACACAGGGCUCUUCUUCAAACGAUUUGAUAGGGAAAGUUGCUCUUUUAUCCCAUUAAACGACGAGUUGGCAUACACCCCAGGAUGA